ACAGACCUACAGGACACCGACUCGGCUGCCACGGUUAGCGAGAUGCCUUUCUCCCCAAGGGAGCAGGACGCCCCCCGCGGCCUACCCAGCGUCUCUGACCUGGGCCUCGGCCUUCGGUCCCUUGGCUUCGCUGGCUGGGACCAGCCCUGGGGCAGCCAAGAUGAUGAAACCCCAGCUCCAGCCUGUAGCCCUUCUGUGCUUGGUGUCUUGGGUGGUCCUUUUUCCAGCCCUCUGGGCAACCCUCAGAUUCUCCAGGGUCCUGAACUGCUUGGGACAGCUGACCUGCUAGAGAAAUUCCCCAGCCUGGCAUACACAAAUCCUGGUUUUGAAUCUCAUUCCCUGCUUGACUCACGCUCCAGCAGCCCCGUAGACUCUGAAACCAGUGGCUUCAGCUCUGGUUCAGACCACUUUUGUGAUCUGCUGUCCUCCUUGCGGAUCUCUCCUCCCCUACCAUUCUUGAUGCCUGGUGUGCAGAAGGACAAUGUGAAGCAGAGCAUUGGCACUCAUUUGGAACAGGAAUGUUCCCCUCUUACCCCCACAGCCCCUGCCCUGCCUGAAAGCUCACUGUCCAAGGGCUGGCCGCAGGCCGCGCAGUGGUCGAGCUGGGACAACAGCUCCUUCAGCAUUGAGAGGGAGGCUCGGCUUCACAGGCAGGCGGCCGCCGUGAAUGAUGCCACAGUCACCUGGAGUGGACAGCUGCCAGCCAGGAAUUACAAAAAUCCUUUAUACUCUUGCAAAGUAUUCUUAGGAGGAGUGCCAUGGGACAUUACAGAAGACAGCCUUAUUAACACAUUCAGUGUGUAUGGCCCACUGAGCGUGGAGUGGCCUGGUAAGGACGGAAAGCAUCCUCGCUACCCCCCUAAAGGUUAUGUGUAUCUGGUGUUUGAAUGUGAGAAGUCAGUGAAGGCUCUACUGCAAGCUUGCACUCAAGACCUACUCCACACUGAGGACUACAGCGAGUAUUAUUAUAAAAUGUCCAGUAGGAGGAUGCGCUGCAAGGACGUACAGGUGAUCCCCUGGGUAAUCUCAGACAGCAACUUUGUGCGCUGCCCAUGUCAGAGGCUGGUCCCCAGUAAAACAGUGUUUGUUGGUGCUCUGCACGGCAUGCUCAACGCUGAAGCUCUAGCCUUUAUCAUGAAUGACCUGUUUGGAGGAGUGGUGUAUGCUGGGAUUGACACAGACAAGCACAAAUAUCCAAUAGGUUCUGGACGUGUGACCUUCAAUAGUCAGUGGAGCUAUCUAAAGGCUGUUGGUGCAGCAGUUGUUGAGAUAAAGACCUCCAAAUUUACCAAGAAGGUUCAAAUCGACCCUUACCUAGAAGACUCCAUGUGCCAAGUGUGUAAUCGACAGUCAGGACCAUUCUUUUGCAGAGACCAGGCUUGCUUCAAGUACUACUGCCGCCCUUGUUGGCACAGGCAGCACUCCAUGUGUGUGCUGCGUAGCCACCGGCCCCUGAUGCGCAACCAAAAAGCCCUGGACUCCAGCUAA